UAACAUCCAACUAUAAUUUCGGUGUUAAGCAAAACUUUGUAUUAAAAAUCGCGAGUUUUAAAAAAUGAAUUACUUUAUAUUCAUGUUAAACUUAUUAUUAAGUGCAAAUGUGACAAAUCAAUUCACUUUGGGUUAUUUUGAUAGAAAUCAUUUGGAAACUUACGAGGAGAUAUCGAGUGAACAGAACGAUAUUAAUAUCUUUGGCAAUUUAUCUUUUCGUUUUACCUGCGAGGGUAUGCCGACUGGCUUUUAUGCAGAUGUGGAUUACAACUGUAAGAUAUUUCACGUUUGCGAAAAUUCCGGCGAUGGAUUUCCAGUGAUUUGCGCUAACAAUACAGUGUUUGAUCAGAAACAACGAAUUUGCACGGAUGAAGAAAAUAUUGAUUGCCAGCAUGCUCAUGAGUGGUAUCACUUGAAUGAAUUAAUUUACUCAACAGAAAUCGAAUCAAAAACUGAAAUCAUAGAGGAAAAUGAAUCAAAAGUGGUUCAAGAAGACGCAAUACCUUCCGUUUUGCCACUUAUAAUUGACUAAAGAUAUUCUUGUUUUGCUAUGAGCUAUAUUCACAUCGUUUUAGCGCUAUACAAAUCAAUUUAUUGCAUGCUAGAAGCGUUUUAUGUAUGUGUAAUGACAAGCAUUUAAUUCUUUUUGCUUUAUUCAACAUAAAGAUACACAAGAUAGUCAAUUGCAAUUAUGCAAUUCUACAUU